CGGCGAAGUCGCGGGGCAAGGCGUCGCUAUUUUCCGCGGUCCGGUUCGACGAGUGACCUUGAUCCUUUCGCGAGUUGUACGUGACAGGCGUCGUCGACGUCGUCGUUCGCCGAGUCUGCUAAGUUGUGAACCGGUUAGUGUCGAUCGAAGCAUCGUCGAGGCAACAACAAGCGAGAUCCCUAGCAAGUAUCCGAAUUUUCAGAGUUCUUUGUGCGACAAGAUGAAGACGUUCGUCCACGUUGCUUUCGUUGCCGCGUGCCUCAUCGCGUGUACGCACGCUCUUCCAAGUGCGCGACGUGAUUCAAUUGAGGAUGAUUUCGAAGAUGCCAUCAAAUUUGAUUUGGCCAUGCCGAGUUUAUUUGAAACUUUUAAUAGAAUGAGGGAAAAUCUUCUGAACUAUUUCUGGACUAUACCUGAUAUCGCGAAAAUUCCGAUUCCUGAAGGAGCAAACACAACUUCCACCACUAAGAUCAUUAAUGGUCAUGUGGUAACGAUCAACGAGACGACUUACACAUCGAGCGACGAAAACGGCGGCACCGCAUUCCGAAUUCGCAUAAUCGAUGUGAAACCGGAAAAUGACACUAUACCGACACUCGGCGGUGAUAAUGCAGAGCCGACAACGGUGACGGCGGAAGCGUCAGAGAGCAGAGAGACGUUGGAGAAUAUGAACGAGAUACCGAAGAACCCGGACGUGCUGACCGCUUAAAAAGCGGUCGGUCGUUCGCGCUCGAUAUGUCGAUAACGGCGUAUCGGGGCCGUUUUUGGAAACGAGGAAUGAUUCCUCAUUACGUGGCUGUAGUAGAGUAACUUUUCGAUAUCGCACCGAGUGCGUUGCGUUAAAAUAACAUUAUUAUUAUAUAUAGUUGUAUUUCUGUUAUUUUCUAGAGCUUUUCAAUACAGUUGAUUGUUUACGACGUUUACCUGCAUCUUUUUGAAAUAAAAGAUUGCUAUUGCUGUGAAAAAAUAUAGACGGGAUAUUUACGAAGAUAUAUGGAUAAUAUAAAUUGGAAAGGAGUAAAUUAAUUUUAAUUAAAUAAAGUAAUUAAUGCAUGUAAUUUUAAUUAAAAGAUUAAAAGUUUUGAAUUUACAAUAAAUUGAAUUACAAUUUUUGAUUAAAUUGAGUUAACAUAACUGCCUUUAAAGCUUAUUGCGCUUUUAUAUUCUGGCAGCAAUAUUUUGCGAAAUAAUGUUAAGUUAAAAUAUUUUUGUUGUAAAUUAAUAAAAAAAAAGAUUGAAAAACUGAUUUGUUGAAUCACUUAAAUGUAUAUUUCAUAUGUAUAUUAUUAAAAUUAAUUUUUUUCUUAUUUAAAUGUUACAUAGAAGAGGUGAAUACACAUAACUAGUCAUGUAUGCUAAUUUAUUAGUUGACGGUCUUUAUUCUCAGAGAAACUGUUUUUUGUAAUACAUAAUAUCGGCACUCUACUUGAUUGAUUAUAUCACUUAUUUACAUCGUUCGUCAAGCGUAAGAUUUAUGCUAAUUUACUAUGUAUCAUACGAUAAAAUACGAAUGUCAAGUAGAUUAUAAUUGCUGGUUGACAUUAUGAUAUUAUCUUAUAUAUAUAUAACAAUGCGGAGAUUUUUAUUUUAUAAAAAAUUGUUAAGCUUAAUAUCGAACACACAAAAAUAAUGUAACUUCCUCUGUGUGUAUACCCAGAUAAUCUUAACUCCUUUUAAUUCGACAAUAGUGACUUUGGUAUAAUUCCGAGUAAUAUAUAGUUAUACAAUCGAAUAGUGUUAUGCAGGAGUAAACGUUCGUAAACAAUUUUUAAAGGCAAGGAAAAAUUUUACAGAAAAAUACACAGCAGUGUCGAGAUUUUUUAUAACAAAAAAACGUACGUUCCUGUAGUUCUAUAUUCGUGGUUUUUAAUAAAUUUACAGAUAUAUUUCUUA